GCACUGCGCGCCUGGUUACAUUGCCCUUCCUCAUCAUCACCAUUUUAUUACUACGUCCCGAGAUUAGCUAUCAAAAUCCGGCGGCCGGCCUGUCCAUUUAAUGGCAACAUUCCGGUUGAUGACGAUUCUCCGAUGUGCCUUGUUUCUGGCACUGCUUUUCUGCUCUGGGAUUCACGUGUCGCAGCAAAGGUCACUGAAGGAGCCGCACUUGCCCACUAACGUCACGUCACCCACCAACCCCUCCCAUGAGGUCCUCCCAAAACUAAAGAAUGUCCGUCAAGUCCCACCACCUUCCGGCGAUGCCGUCAGCUCCGCCACCGCAGCUUCUCUUGACGGCGACAAUCCCGGCCACAGUCCGGGCGUCGGCCACCCUGUUCAGUCUGACACCCGCGUUGGCCCCAAUGCUUAAUUGGAGCAUGUUAAUUAAUUACUAUUAUUAUGUGCAAAUUAAGCGUAAUUUAUCUGUUUAGUAUCGAUCUACGAAGUAUUCUUUAUCAUAAUUAAUUAAUCAUCUAAGGAUUGUAUGCUUUCAUGCAUGCAUGAAGUCAGGGGCGGACCCAGGAAAGUCAUUUUGGGGGCGAAAAUAUUUUUGGGGAGUUCAAAAUACUUUUUGGAAGAACAAAAAUCAUUUUUCGUAUAUAUAUACACUAAAAAAAAAAUUGUUGGGGGGCGGUAGCCCCCCUGGUUCUCUACUACGGUCCGCCCCUGCAUGAAGUAGAUGAAACAAAUUAAAUUUAGCUACAUAAGUCUGAAUUAAUUACGUGGUCGCGUCAGUAUUAUAUUAGCUGCACUGUUCUAUAUAUCAUUCAUAUAUAAGUAAUAUGGUGUCUAGCUUCUUUAUUUAGUUUAUUGAAAAGAAUUGCUGAGGGUUGGUUAUCGCCCAAGCUAAUUAAGUGUGCAAUAAAGCAGUAAUUGAUUAAGUAUAUGCGGAUUUUAGCUUUGAUCUUUA